CGUUGAGGUCUCUUUAAUUUUUUUUGACGCGUCUAUGUUGUGACCGCAACCCCCGCAUCUGUGCCUUCAUUUGCUACCCACAAACAAAGAAACACAAAACGCGCGUGCAAAUUUUGGUGGCCAGCGUAUGGACUUCCCUGCCGCGACUCGUCCCCAUCUCAUCCUUCAACCUGUUCCUACUCCCUCUGUCCUGAUCUCGCUCCUUUACGCUCACUUUAUCAGGAACACGACAUAUGCCAUCCGAUAUCGAGAACCAGGUCUUUGACCUGCUCACCACCACUGUGGAGGAUGAAAAGAAGAAUGUCACCUACCGUUGGCUGAGCAGAAGCAUGGGAUUAUCUGUCAAUACCUCGAAAAAGCUUAUGGAAUUGUACUUGACGACCGUGGGCGAGGGAAAUGUGCAUGGAACCUACUAUUUGGCACGUCGAGAUCCUCAGACCGGGAACCAGAGCAUAACUCUUGUUAGUCAGGAAGAUCUGAAUGAGGCGAAAAAAGAUUCAACAGUGAUCGGAUACCACAUCUAUAGCCUGGAGCCCUCGCCUCUGAAGGACCUUGCCAUCUUAUCCGUUGCAAACUCAGAAGCCGGUCAACUGCAGAAGGGCAAGGAUAUCAAUAUUUACAGAGUUAUCCACAACAAAGAUGCCGUCGCUUCAAAACAUCAUGUCCGAUCGACCGCAACACCAGGCGCCAUCUCAGCUGCUACAGUGAAAGCAUCAUCAGUAACAUCCAAGCAGUCUGCUGCAGCAACUAGUGCACCAUCAUCAACAGCAGAAGCAGCUACAAUUACAGUCACAACCAGCAACAGCUCGAAGGCGAAACCAGCUGCCAAAUCGUCUAUGAUGAGUUUUUUCGGAAAGGCAGCGACGGCUCCAGCCAAGACGGCAGCUACUUCUGCAAAGCCCACUGCAACAGCUACAGCUCCUGCAGCCACAGUCGCCAAGUCGUCAACAUUGAACUUUAAACCUUCGCAACAACAAAAGCGUAAAGCUGACUCGAUGUCCUCCGGCGUAGACAAUGUCGGUCGCAGUGGGCCAGCCACAGAUGAAGGAUCGGAUGAGGAGGUCGAUUCGGAAGAGGAACGGGAUCGUCGAUUGGCGUUGAGUUCUCGACUUGAUCAGGACCAGGGCGAUGUAGUCACCAAUAGCGGUAAAGAACCGGUGAUUGAUAUCGAAGCGUACAAGAAAAAACAGCGGUCUGCGCGCCUCCUGGCUGUGGAUGACGAUGAUGAGGUUGUAGAAGAGGAGGAGGAGGAGGAGGAGAAGGAAGAUUCCGCAAAACACGAGGACAAGGACGCUCAUCAUUUGGCCUUGGAGAAUAUGAUGAUUGAUACGAAUAAUGUAGCUGAAGUGGAGGACGAGGAUAGUGUUAUGGUUGAUGUUGAGGCGUUGGACCCACCAAAGACGCCGAACAAUGGCCACGGUGGAGAGACAGUAGCGAGCCAAGGGGCUGUAAAGAGACGUGUACGAGGCUACCGGACUGUCACGAAAAAGAAGACGUUUAAAAACGAGCGCGGAUACAUAGUAACCCAAGAUGUAGUGGAGAUGGAACCAUUCUCGGAAGAUGAGAUCGUUCCUGUGGAGGCACCGGCGCCUACGCCUAUGCCUACGAGAGCGGGAAAGGCUACAGAACCGGUCAAAGGCAAGAUUGAGGUCGGUAAAAAGAAGGCAGGAUCUGGGAACCAGAGUCUGCUCAACUUUUUCAGUAAAAAGUAAAUUAGCCGUCGUGGACACAUCUCUAUGGCAAUGCGAAAUAAAUAUCUUCUAUUUUGAGCUG